AUGGAGAGACCCAUGAUAUUAGGUUGGGAUUUUCUUAGGUCAAAUGGAGCAGUUAUUGAUUUGCAAACUGGAGUUAUUAAGAUUGCUGAUACUGUCACAUCAUUUCGUACUGACCGACAAGUCGCUUUACAUACUUGUAAUGUUGUUUUGCCACGAGCAUUAGUUGUUCCAGCUGGUAUGGAAAUGACUGUUGAUGCUAAAGUGUCAGCCCCUGAAUGUAUUUCAGUCCCUCAUGGAUACGAAGGUGUAAUGGAGCCUGAUAGGAAUAUUCCUAUUAUUUGUGGAAGGACAGUUGCUACUGUAGUCAACGGGAUAAUACCUAUUUUGUUGAUUAAUCCAACUCGUCAGGAUAUUGAGUUAACUCGCAAUAUGCCCUUAGGUCAGUUUUACUCUGCUUGUGAUAGGAAGGAGGAUGAAUAUUAUAUUAGUGAAGUGGUUACCUCCACUCCAACGUUAGAACCUUCAUCUCAUUUAUCUUUUGACAUUCCUUCUCAAAGUUUGACUGAGGAAGAAAAGGAUAGGGUCCACAAACUCCUUGCGGAUUACCAUGAUAUUUUUAGCAAAUCACCCAGGGAUUAUGGUCGUACAGAGUUAGUUCGACACACUAUCGAUACUGGAAGUGUGAAACCUAUUAGGCAACGGGCUUAUAGGACUUCGCCCAAAAUGAGAGAAGAGAUCCGAAAACAGUGUCAAGAGUUAGUAGAUAAUGAUAUAAUAGAGCGCAGUUAUAGCCCAUGGAGCUCACCUAUAGUUAUGGUUAGGAAGAAGGAUAACACCUUUCGUUUCUGCGUGGAUUACAGAAAAAUUAAUAUGCAUACGGUUAAAGAUUCUCACCCCCUACCUCGCAUAGAUGACACGAUCGACGCUUUGGCUGGAAAUCUCUAUUUCAGCACAAUGGAUUUGUCAUCAGGUUACUGGCAGAUAAAAUUAGGGGACCCUAUACAAGAAAACAAAGAAUAG